AUGGUGAAUUUAAGCCAACUUGGGGUUUUAUUUGUAGCCUCCACUGAAUUGUUUCUGGGAACUUGGCUAAAUGGAUUCAUUAUGUUGUUGCACUGUAUCACUUGGGUCAGGACCAGGAAAAUAUCUUUGUCUGACUUCAUCAUCCUGAACCUGGCUCUCUCCAGAUUCAUCCUGCAGGGGAUACCAAUAAUGGAUAUUAUUUUACAAGUUUUCUAUCCCCAUUUCCAUGGCAUAAGCAUAUUUAUGCGAAUUAUUGAUAUUUUCUGGGUGUUUGCCAAUAAUCUUAGCAUCUGCCUGACCACUUGCCUCAGUGUCUUCUACUGUCUGAAGAUUGCCAACUUCUCCCACCAAGCCUUCCUCUGGCUCAAGUGGAGGGUUUCCCAUGUGGUUAUCUGGAGUCUUCUGGGCUCUGUACCCUAUUCCUUCUUCAGCACACUGGCAUUGAUCCUGAAGUUUAAUGUUUAUUCUAACCUCAAUCAAAUAAAACUCUUAGGAAACUGCACUGAAGAUGACAAAAGAAAGAUAAUUGGAUAUUUUGUCCUGUAUAUACUUAGUGCCCUCUACUCAAUCAUUCCCCUCUUCUUGUCCCUGGUCUCCUCUAUUCUUCUCAUCCUUUCCCUGGUGAGACAUACCAGGCAGAUGCAACAUCAUGCCAGUGGCACCAGGGAUCUGAGCACCAUGGCCCAUGUGAGAGCCACCAAAGCCAUCCUAUCAUCUCUCUUGUUCUUAUUUGGAUACUUCCUUGUCUUUUUUCUUGCUAUGUCUAGUCAUUUCUUGCCAGACCCCAAACUGGCAGGAACAACUAGCAUACUGAUUUUUGCUGCUAAUCCCUCUAUUCAAACUUUUGUUCUCAUCCUGGAAAACCAGAAGCUAAAGCAAGCAUUCCUCAGGAUGUUCCAGGUCAAAAAGUGGAGGUUGAAAUGUUAG